AUGGGAGGAAUGCACGCAUGCGUUAACACCCAGUCUGAGGACUUGUCGGAUGCGGAAGCUGAUCAUGCAACAACGUUGAGUGUCAGUGAAGAAAAACUUUUUCUGGAUCCUGAUCUAUUUCAGGGAGAUCGACACACCGGAGCCUCUCCUCCUGAAGAGAUUGCUGUUGACAGAAGUGUUUCGGAGCCAUCUGGAAGCUUUUACCAUGGAACAGAUCUGAACACUGCAAUCUCGGCCUUCCUGUCAAAUUGUGACGAUCACCAACUGUUCCGGUUGACGAGUUUCUACAUGGAGCGACUUGAACAGGCGAUUGAGGAGGGUGUGGAGGGAGUCAGCUUUAUGUUAAUGGGGGAGGAUCACUUCACUGGGCCAGAGUAUCACAGCGUGACUGAGCUCGCGGAGAAGGGAAACCGAGCGGGCGCUUCCAAACUCCUCCUGGAUCUGGUGAUGGAGAAGGGCUCCGGGGCCCGGAAGGUGAUGUGGGAAUCCUUUGUGAAACUAAAUAACCAUUUACCGAAGCUGAGUAGAAUAUUGAAUGAAAUAAGGGAGCGAGGUGACGGCCAGUUCGCCUACAUGGACACUGAGCGGGGUUUAUCUGAAGUGCCCAAACAUCUGAAAGUUGUUCAACAGAAACACAAGGAGACUCUACGGGCACAAACUGAAACACUGAGAGUGAACACGAUCCUGAUGAGGGAGAAGGUGAAGGUUUUCCAGCUGGUUGAUCGAUACGCUGAGCUCACGGUCAUUUCUACUGUUCGAGAUCAGAGACUGGUGGAACAUGAGCUGCUGGCAAGAGGCAGAGACCACGAGGAGUGGAGAGAGAAACAUCUCCGCACAGAGCUAGAAAAAAUCCGGGCUGAUCAGUUAUUCCAGAGGAGUUUUCAUCAAAAAUUGAAAAGAUCUUUCUUUAGAAGCCAAUCCGGGAUGUCCGCUGCAGUAGCUGGAGUCCCGGGAAUCGGGAAAACAACAAUGAUUCACAAGAUUGUUUAUGACUGGGCCACGGGGAAAAUAUACCAACAAUUCCAGUUUGUCUUCAGUUUCAAGUUCCGGGAUUUAAACUCCAUUAACUGCAGAAUAAGCCUGAAAGAACUGAUUCUGCAUCAGUAUCCCUACUUUGGGAAUAUCUUGGGAGAGAUCUGGAAACAGACAGAGGGGCUGCUGUUUAUAUUUGAUGGUUUGGAUGAAUUCAAGGACGAAAUCAAUUUUGUUGAUUGUCGUAGAGACACAAAAUCACAGUACACAGAUCCUGAAUUCAAGUGCAAGUUGUCGGAAAUUGUGCACAGUUUAAUCCAAGGCAAUCUGCUCCCAGGGUGUUCAGUGCUAGUGACCACCCGCCCCACUGCGUUACAUUUAUUGGAAAAGGCAAAGAUCGCUGUCUGGGCUGAAAUCCUGGGAUUUGUUGGUGAGGAACAGAAGGAAUAUUUCAUCAGACAUUUUGAAGAUCAGACGGUGGCAGCAGCUGUUUUCAAACACGUGCAGGAGAACGAGAUCAUGUACACCAUGAGCUACAACCCCUCCUACUGCUGGAUCCUCGCCCUGGCAUUGGGCCCCUUCUUCACACAAAAAGUCAGGAACCCGCAGCGAGUUCCCAAAACCAUCACUCAACUGUACUCCUACUAUAUUUACAACAUCCUGAAAAACCACGGCCGUGAGAUUGAGAACCCCCGUGAUGUGUUACUCAGGGUUGGUCAGAUGGCCUUCAGAGGAGUGUCCGAGAAGAAGAUUGUGUUUACAGAUGGAGAUUUGAUCAAGUUCAAUCUGAAACCUUCUCAGUUCCUGUCCGGGUUCCUGAUGGAGCAUUUGGAGAGAUUUGCAUCUGCCCGCAGCGUGGUGUACACAUUCCCACACCUCACCAUCCAAGAGUUUGUAGCUGCAGUCGCACAAUUCCUGAAUCCACAUCCCGGGGAUAUCCUGAAAUUCCUCACUGAAGUCCACAGCACGACAGAUGAGCGAUUUGAGGUAUUUCUCCGUUUUGUUGCUGGUCUCUCCUCCUCAAUGACAGCUCGGGGCCUGGAGGAGUUUCUGGGCCCAUUUCCUCAUCAAACAACCUGCCGGGUGAUUGACUGGGUGAAGGAGGAGGUUAAACGUCAGAUUGGAAACACAUGGAGUGAUGCUGGUAAAAGGAGCUUUCUGAACACAUUGCACUACCUGUUUGAGUCUCAGAAUAGUGGACUGGCUCAGGCCGCACUGGGAUCUGUGGAAACACUUUCAUUCAGUGGAAUGACACUGACCCCGAUUGACUGUGCGGACCUGUCUCAUGUCAUCGGACUCUGUGAUACAAUAAAACACCUCAAACUGGCUGUCUGUAAUAUUCAGUGUGUCGGAAUGCAGCGGCUGGGACCUGGGCUGCACAGGUGCCAGGGAAUGAGACCGAAUAUGUGGAGGUUACACGGUCACACCGACACUAAAUUACUGACAUUCGGUGAAUACCCUGGGGCUAGUCAAAUUUGCUGGGAUGAACUGGGAGAUUCAGGAAUGAAACCGGUUUCUGCGGCACUGAGGAAUCCGGAGUGUAAAGUACAGAAACUGGAUGGUGCCGCGGAUCUCGCCUCCGCUCUCAGUACAAACCCAUCACUGACAGAGCUGGACCUGAGUUAUAAUGAACUGGGAGAUUCAGGAGUGAAACUGGUCUCUGCGGCUCUGAGGAACCCGGAGUGUAAAAUACAGAAACUGGAGAUAGACAAAGUCGGCCUCACAGAUUCUGGUGUCGAGGAUCUCGCCUCCGCUCUCAGUACAAACCCAUCACUGAUAGAGCUGAGCCUGAGUAGUAAUGAACUGGGAGAUUCAGGAGUGAAACUGGUGUCUGCGGCUCUGAAGAACCCGGAGUGUAAAAUACAGAAACUGGAGCUGAACCAUGUUGGUCUCACAGAUUCAGGUGCCGUGGAUCUCGUCUCGACUCUCAGAACAAACAGAUUACUAACGGAGCUGAACGUCAGUGAAAAUGAACUGCGUGAUUCAGGAGUGAAACUGGUGUCUGCGGCUCUGAGGAACCCGGAGUGUAAAAUGCAGACACUGGGGUUGAGGGAUGUCGGUCUCACAGAUUCUGGUGCUGAGGAUCUCGUCUCCGCUCUCAGUACAAACCCAUCACUGACGGAGCUGGACCUGAGUGAUAAUAAACUGGGAGAUUCAGGAGUGAAACUGGUAUCUGCGGAUCUGGGGAACCCGGAGUGUAAAAUACAGAAACUGGAGCUGAAGAAGGUUGGUCUCACGGAUUCUGGUGCCGAGCAUCUCGUCUCUGCACUCAGUCCAAACAGAUCACUGACGGAGCUGAACCUGGGAAUUAACUCCCUCACAGACCGAUCAGCACCCGCUCUCUGUCGCCUCAUAUUGACCCUCCCAAAUCUGGAGUGGAUCCGACUGGUGGGGAAUCGGUUCAGUGAGACAAGGGAGAAGGAACUAAGAUUGGUGCAGGAUCAGAGACCCGGACUGAUAGUGAUCCUUUGAACAUCUGAAUGCGUGAACAUCCCCACACUUAUGGUGACAUUUUCGCUGAUUCCCCAAGCUCCUCUUUAAUGCCCGCACUCCAGGUUUGAUUCCUAAUGGAUCUAACGGAACUGGCUCUGGUCUCGCGCUUUGUGACUUUUGAAGCUGUCCUGCAGUGACGUAUUUCCUCCUCUUGUCCAAUGCCGCUGAUUCUGACACAUGACCAUGUUCGAGAUCUCACACAAGUUAGGCUCUGCGGAAUUGCACAGUCAGGAAGAGCCCAGUGGCCGGGUUCAUUCUAGGACAUGAGUAUCCCGGGGUGGGAUUAUCCGGGAAGAGAAUCCUUUUGUUUACUUUGCUGAGGACAGUACUUUCGGCUGUCUGGCCGAUACAAUGAUCUUAAAUUGACAAAUACUUCGGCAGUGACCCUGGAUCUGCAGCGAUCCCGGACACGGCCCUGAUUUUAUAAUCAUCGGU